AUGAAUCCCAACACGGAUGGUUUAAACAUGAUGACAGGAAUUGCAAUACCAGAUGAUACUGAAGCUGAUAUUUUAAAUGACGAAACAUUUGGUGAUUGCGAUUUAGAAGCGAUUAAAACAAAAUCAGACUUUGGUGAAAAUGGUGAAUUUCUUGGUGAUAAUCCAUCGACUGGUUUACCGUCAUUUUUCGACACGGAUGUACCUGACACGGGUGGCCUAUCGCUUGUCGACGAGGAUGAUCAAUCUCAAUCGAUUGAUGCUUUACUUGGUGAAGAUCCCAUGCGAUUUUCUACGACGUCGGUGAACCGUCGACCGGGAUCGAUUAUUCAACAGUCAUCAAGCAAUCCUCUCUUUAGUAUGGCCAUAUCACAAGCACAAGAAACGAACCGCAUGAACCUAUUUUCUCAACAGCAGCCGCAACAACCACCACCGCCGCCGCUUCCACAGCAAAUUCCGCGUGUUUCACCAAUGACGAUACCGCAACAGCAAAUCAACUAUCAACUAUUGAAACAAUUUGAACAAAUGCUGAUCAGCAAACAGAUACCACCCCAGCAAAGACUUCUCUAUAUUCAAGCAAUGAUGGAAAAGAUGCAACGUGAAGCGAUGAAUGCUCAACAGCAACAACAACAACAUCAACAGCAGCAGCAGCAGCAGCAACAACAACAACAACAACAGGCAGCUAGGUUAAUAAAUUUAAAUAUCAAUGGUCCCGAUCGCUAUCGAGAAGCAAAUCCAAGUCGGGUUUUGAACAAUCCUCUGUUGUACGCUCAGCGUCAGCAACAACUGCAACAACAGCAACAGCAACAACAACAACAACAACAGCAGCAGCAGCAACAACAACAACGCGAAGCAUCAAUGCGUUCAAUGGCCAUAGGUGAAAUGUUAGAACGAGCUCGUCUAGCUGCUUCCAAUAACAACACUAGUAAUAAUUCUCGAUCGCAAUCACCAGCAGUUGGUAAUUCAGGCAUGUCUUCACAAUUUAUGGACGCUAUUCAACGUUCUGAUCAAAUACCAAUUGCUGACAAUCAUCGCACAACUGAAUCUCCAUCAUCGCCGCUUGACACAAUUGUCAGUCCGUCGCGUCAUUCACGACAAAAUCGUCCGGCUAAACAUUAUCCUCGUCCACCACUUCUGAAUACAUGGCAGGGACGUGGUCCUGGCCAUGAUGAGUUCGCCGGCAUGAUGACCGAUCGUGAAAAGCAAUGGGUCGUUAAAAUUCAACUUCAUCAAGUCUCUCAGACACAAGAAGAAGAUUACUAUUUUCAUAAAUGGUCCCAGCAGAAACGCCACAUGCAACAGGUCCAUGGAAAUCAAUCUAAUCGGCACGAACACCGUGGACAAUAUAUUAGUUACCCUGUUUUACAACUGUUAAAGUCAAUUCAACAAGAAAAAGAACUUGCCCAACGCCUAUCGCAAGCAUCGAAUCAAGCGACAUUCAGUAACAUAAAUCCGGCUCAGUCGUUACCUUAUGCAUCACCGAUACAAACUCAACUUGGUAAACAAUCGGUUGCAACUCCUCGACAUCCAAAAUGCAUUCUCGAUCUUGAUGGACAAUUCACCUUGGGUGCCCAAAAGAAUGCGGUUACACACGACAAAUAUGCAUUAGGCCUAUUAUUAAAUAUCGAAAACAUCCAUCGUGACAUCUUGCGUCUUGACGAUGGCGAUGACGCUCCAUCAACACCAAAUAAAACGUCUACCGAAGCAGCAACACCGAGUGAAAGUACAACACCAGCAUCUGCCGUACCAACACCAUCGUCGACCAUUCUUGAUUCGAUCAUCGGUCGUUACUUAAAUCAUCCCGAAUACUUAUUUGCUGAUAUGUUCGCUCAAUCUUCUAAAGGACAAAUAUUACUUGAACGUUUAUAUCCAUAUCUAAUUACUACCACAUCGUCAAGUAAUCAUCUAGAACUAAUGCUUAUACGUUUGUAUGCUUCGUUGAACUACAUGAUACGCCGUUGGCCAAGCACUUUUCAUAUUGAACCAAUCGUUAUGAAUAUGAUUAGUCUCAUGCAGCAACAGAUCAAUAUCAAGAAGACCACCUUCGAACAACUAUUAUCUCAAGUGUAUGUUUAUUACGACGAAAAAAUCAAGCCUAAACUAGUAGAAUUAAACGCAACUGUAUCGUCAAGUCCAUUUUCUGAUCCAGUUUUAUUCACCAAUUCACAUACAGUGACAAUUUUAAUUGAACUCUUGUUGACAUUAGAACGUCGAUGUUAUUUAUUACAAGGUAUGAAUCCGACUCAACUACCAAUCCAAUUAAUGCAACAAUUGCAACCCCAAUUACAAUAUCAAUUAUCUGAACAUGUUCGUUUACUCGUCAAUGAUCUAUGUCAAGCGAUUGUAGCUUGUUCACCACCCACAUAUACGCCGAAGAAGAUGCUGAAGCCUUAUACACAAGUUCAACAACAACAGUUUGCUUUACUGUGCAAAUUUCUUCGUAUUCAAGUUACCCAACAAGUUUAUGCUGCAUUAGAACCCAAACUGAUUUUUUGUUGUAUUAAAGAUGUUUAA